UUUUAAUCAUUUUAUAUUUUGAACUUACAUAUAAAAAAAUGUUAUGUCAUUAGUAACGGUUAAAUAAUAAAGUCGAAUUUAUAAUGGAAACUAUAUUUAAUAUAGUAUAUACAUAUCAGUUACUUGCUAGCAUAUUAACCUGCCGGUGUACAAUGUCGUUUCUUUGAAGUGUAAUUAAUAUUUUGUAAAGAAAUGUUUUUAUAUUCAUAAAUUAAACGAAAAUAUUGUUUUUUUAUUAAGAUAAUAAAAUGUUUGUUUUAUGGAAGUGUAUUAAUGAAUGAUAAAUAUAGAGAAUUGAUGAGAAUUGAUUAUUCUUCAAUACAAUUUAUAAUAAAAGAUACAAAAAGUAACGCAUAAUGCAUAAUAAUUUAAUUGCUGCCGCCAUCGGUGUAACCGUUGGUGUAAUAAGUGCAGCUAGUAUUUUUAUUUAUCGUAAAAUUUUGGCAAAUCAACAGUAUAGUACAACAAUUUCUGAUUUAGAUGCUGCUAAUAAAAAAAUUGAUGAGUUACAAUCAGAAUUAGAAGCAUUAAGAUUACAAUUAAGACAAAAAAAGAAAAAAAAAAUUUCAAGAAAAUUUAGUUCUAAUGAUAGUACAUAUACUGUAAUAGAUAAUGAUACAGAUAUUGAUAUUGGAGAUGAUGAAUUCUAUGAUUGUUCUGAUGGUGAAAGUGUUGUUAGCGAUAAUGAUUUAAGGAUCUCAGAGGAACUGAACCAGCUGGAUAUAAUACUUAAGGAGAUUGAUGAACAAGUAAACAAUGAAUUUGAUGUCAAGACUUACUACACAUUGAAAACAUUGAUAAAUUCCCAUCAAGACAAUGUAGAAGUAAUAUGGAGAUUUGCAAGAGCUAGUUAUUAUCAUGCAGAAGCACAGACUGAUAAAAAUUUUAGAAGAAUAAUUAUUCUUGAAGGAAUCCAAGAAUGUGAGAGAAUUAUUGAAAAUCGAAAUCCUGAUUUGUAUAAAUGGUAUGCUAUUCUCAUAGGAUUAAAUGGAGAUUAUUUAUCAAUGGCAGAUCAAAUAAAAAAUGGUGUUAUUUUCAAAAAUUAUAUAAUAAUGGCUUUAGAAAUGUGUUCAGAUGACUCUGAAUUACAUUAUCUUCUAGGAAGAUUUAAAUAUGAAAUUGCUAAUUUAAGUUGGAUUGAGAAAAAGGUAGCAACAACAUUAUUUGCUGAAAUUCCAAGUGCCUCAUAUGAAGAAGCACUUGAUUGUUUUAAAACUGCAAUAAAACUUGAAGAUAAAAAUCCACAUACUCAAUUAUAUAUUAGUAAAUGUUAUAUUGCUUUAAACAAAUAUUCAUAUGCAAUUGAUUCAUUAAAAAAAAUUUUAGAAAAACCAAUAUUAACAGUUGAUGAUGAAAAAGUGCAUACAGAAGCAAGUAAACUUUUAAACAAAUAUUCAAAAUAUAAUUUAUAGCAAAAAAUAAUAUAUUUGUACAUUCAAUUCAUAUUUAAUAGUUAUGCUAUUUCCACAUCUAUAUA